GGGGGUCCCCGGGGCCCUUCGGCCAUGGCCCGGCGGCGGCGGCGGCGCGCCUUGCUGGGCCUCUUCCUCGUCCUGCUGUUCGCCUUCGGGACGCUGAUGGGGCUGCGCACGCUGAAGCCUCCCGACGGGCCGCCGGUGCUGGCCCGGGACCCCCGGGACCCCCGGGAGCCCCGGGAGCCCCGCACGGCGGGCCCCGGCUCCGCCCGGCCCCCGGCCCCGGCCCGGCCCCCGGGCCCGGCCGUCUACGACGCCCUGCACGUCUUCUACUACUCGUGGUACGGGAGCCCCGGGCGGGAGGGCCGCUACCUGCACUGGGACCACGUCAUGGUGCCCCACUGGGACCCCAAGAUCUCGGCCGGCUACCCCAAGGGCCGCCACAGCCCCCCCGACGACCUGGGCUCCAGCUUCUACCCCGAGCUCGGGCCCUACAGCUCCCGGGACCCCGACGUCCUCGACGACCACAUGACUCAGCUCGAGGCGGCCGCCAUCGGGGUCCUGGUCUUGUCCUGGUACCCGCCGGGCAUGGCAGAUGACAACGGGGAACCCUCAGAUGACCUGGUGCCGGCCAUUCUGGAUACCGCACACCGGUACAACAUUAAGGUGGCCUUUCACAUUCAGCCGUACAAGGGGCGGGAUGACCGCACCCUGCACGAAAACAUCAAAUACAUCAUGGACACGUACGGGGCCCACGGGGCCAUGUACAGAUACAAGAGCACCACGGGGCGGAGCCUGCCCCUCUUCUACAUCUACGACUCCUACCUGACCCCGCCGGAGGCCUGGGCCAACCUGCUGACGGCCUCGGGCUCCCACUCGCUGCGCCACACCCCCUACGACGGCGUCUUCAUCGCCCUGCUGGUGGAGGAGGGCCACAAGCGCGACAUCCUGACGGCCGGCUUCGACGGCAUGUACACGUACUUCGCCUCCAACGGCUUCUCCUUCGGCUCGUCCCACCAGAACUGGAAGGCGGUGAAGGGCUUCUGCGACGCCCACAACCUGCUGUUCAUCCCCAGCGUGGGGCCGGGCUACGUGGACACCAGCAUCCGGCCCUGGAACAACCACAACACCCGCAACCGCGUCAACGGCAAGUACUACGAGACGGCCCUGCAGGCCGCCCUGACCGUCCGGCCGGAGAUCGUCUCCAUCACCUCCUUCAACGAGUGGCACGAGGGGACCCAGAUCGAGAAGGCCGUGCCCAAGAAGACCCUCACCCGCUUGUACCUGGACUACCUGCCCCACCAGCCCAACCUCUACCUGCAGCUGACGCGCCGCUGGGCCGAACACUUCAGCAGGGAGAAGGAGCGGUGGCUCAUGUGACCGGGCGGGCGGGGGGAGCCCGUCCGCGGCGGCGGCCCCGACCCGGGGAGGCCGAGCCCGGAACCGUGACGUGACCGCGGGCGAGCCGGCGCGGGCCCCCCGGUCUCGGCCCGACGCCGCCCGGGACCCUCCUCCUCCUCCGGGAGGGCCGGCGGCGGAGGCGGAAGCGGCGGGGGGCCGGUUCGGAGCGGGGGGCGGGCGUGAGGGAAACCGGGUCGGCGACCCGGUGCCACGGAAUCGGGGUGGGGAGAAAAGACGCGAAGAAUCCUUUCUAGACCUGGACUCUGUAGCCGAAGGGAGGGUGCUGGAUUCGGUGUCUGCGGUCUCUCACCGCCAGUCGCUCUCCUCCUGAAGAGGAGAGAUCGGGAUUCCCGGCCCAGCACGUACCCCGGUCCCUUCCCGCCCCGGCGUCCCGCCUCGCUCCCUCCCUCGCCACCGACGGACGGGUUACUGGGCCGGAUGGACCUCGGGUUCGAGCCGGGCGCUGCGGCGAUCGACCGUCCCCCGUGGAGAGGCCAGUGGGCGAACGGAUUCCCCCAGGGCCGGGGGAGUUCACGUAGUUCUCCGACAGGGGAUCCCUUCCGGGCCUAAGCUUCCCUCGUAACCGAUCCCGAAGCUCUGAAACCACCGACGCCACUUGGGCUCCCAGCUCCCAUCACACCCGUCCUUCCGGGCGGGGCGUUCGGCUGCCGCUGAAUUUCAUUCGAAUGUUUGGGAAAGCUUUGGGUCUUCUUCCUUAAUCUAAAAUCGUAGGCCGCCAAUCAGGCAAACUCGCCUCCGCCCGGCCGGUGGGUGCUGUAGAGGGAGAAUCUGGGACCCCCUCCCCCCCCCCCCCCAGUGUCAAAGGAGAGGGGCAGCGGAGGGUGGAGGGAGGAGAAAGCAGAUCCCCGAAUAACCACAGCAUUCGCCAGCUUUCAUCGUCCGCGUCUCCUCCUCACACAUCCCCCUCUGUUUGCACCAAUCUCGGUGAAUUACUCCCACCUACCAGAGCCAUUUACAGUGCUACUGUGAUUUGUAUAAAAUAAAGAGACGUGCAGUGUCCCGUUUACGCAAGUAA